AUGCGAUACGUCCUCCCCAUCUUGACGCUCUGUGCGGCCCGACCCGCUCUGGCCGCGACGUACAGCAGGACAAGCAAUGUUGCAGGCAACGGCUUCUACGACUUUUUCUCUUUCCAGGCUAUCCCGGAUCCCACAAACGGUCGUGUCAACUACGUUGAUGAGACUACUGCACGGGCCCAGAAUCUCACCUUCGCGUCCUCUGACACCUUCAUCCUCCGGGCCGACGAUAAGACCGUCCUCAGUGCAAGUGGACCUGGUCGCAACUCCGUUCGGCUCCUGUCGAACAAUGCCUACACAACUCACGUCGCCGUUUUCGACCUCCGGCAUAUGCCCCAAGGUUGCGGAACUUGGCCCGCGAUCUGGGAAGUCGGACCGAACUGGCCCAACGAGGGUGAAGUCGACAUCCUCGAAGGUGUGAAUGACGUCGGUCCGGAUCAAGCUACUCUUCACACCAGUGCCGGAUGUACGAUGCCUUCCACCCAAAGCGGCCAUACGGGGUACGGUGCACUUUCGAUCAUGGAUAAUCGUGAUGGCAGCUCAGGGUGUGGCGUCCAAUCUCCGGACAUCCGUAGUUAUGGGCCCACCCUAAAUGGUAACGGUGGUGGAUGGUUCGCCAUGGAGCGGACCUCGACGUCCAUCAAAGUGUGGUUCUGGUCUCGCACGGACGGCUCCGUGCCGAGUCAAGUCUCGAGCGGUGCUACAUCCAUCGAUACCAGUACAUGGGGAGCUCCCUUCGCGCUUUUCUCGGACACCGACUGCGACAUUUCCUCAAAAUUUGGACCCAAUCAAAUCGUCAUCAACCUAACCUUCUGUGGCGACUGGGCUGGUGCUGUGUAUCAAUCUCAAGGCUGUCCUGACACAUGUGUCGAUUAUGUGAACAACAACCCGCUUUACUAUCAGAACGCGUACUUCGACCUGGCUUGGAUGAAUAUAUACCAGUGA